AUGGCCCACAAGAUUAUCACAGUCUUCGGUGCCACGGGCAAUCAAGGCGGCAGCACCAUCUCCGCUAUCAUGAACACCCCCAGUUUGUCGUCACAAUACAAGAUCCGCGCCAUCACUCGCGAUCCUUCCAAGCCUGGCGCCCAAGCUCUUGCCUCCAAGGGGGCUGAACUUGCCAAAGCAGACCUCAACGAUGUCGCCAGCGUGAAGUCUGCCAUUGCCGGCUCCUACGGCGUCUUUGCCGUGACGAAUUACUGGGAAUCUGCCUCCAAGGAGGUCGAAUUCAACCAAGGAAAGAACAUUGUUGACGCAUGCAAGGAGGAAGGCGUCAAACACCUCGUCUGGUCAUGUCUGCCACACGUCGAAAAGAUGACCCACGGCGAAUUGACCAAGGUCGAACAUUUCGACUCCAAAGCCGAAGUGGCCGAGUAUGCCGAAAAGGUUAAAGGCGACAUGAUGGUUUCCAAUUUCAUGCCUGGAUUUUUCAUGUCCAAUUUGUUGGGUAUGAUCCAACCCGAUCCCAAAACGGGGAUUCCCACCCUCGCCCGGCCCUGGAACCCGACCCAAACGUGGGUGCCGAUGAUUGAUAUCCAGGCUGAUACCGGUCUCUUCACGGCGGGACUGUUCGCGGCCGGCGCCGCGGCCGAUGGUGUCUAUGUGCAGGGCGUGAGCGAGUGGGUUCACCCACAACAAAUCACAGAUACUCUCUCCCAAGUCAAAGGUCGUGAGGUCAAGUUUGUCGAAGUGCCGGCCACUGUUGAAUCGACGGCCAAGAUUGGAAACAAGAUUGCCGAGGAAUUGACGGAGAAUAUGAUACUCAUUCGAGACUACAGCUAUUUUGGCAAGGGUACGGAGAAGAAGCAGGCCGAGAGUGAUAAGUUCUUGGUCCAAGGUGCCCAAAAGAAUACCUGGAAGGGCUUUGCGGAAAAGGCUCCAUGGAAAUGGUAG